AUGUGCCACUUUCAGGUCUCCUCACACUGCUGGUGUGUUGAAUUUUUUGACAUAGGGUGCUGGCAGAUUACGGGCCUCCCAUAGCUGCUGCCAGGCCCCUAAUCUGCCAUGGGCCCCUAUACCGCCUCCUCAUGCUGCUGCCAGGUCCAGAGUCUCUCAUGGGUCCCUGUACGGCCUCCCAUUGCUGCUGUCUCCAUCGCCACACUCUGCCAUGUGCCACUUUCAGGUCUCCUCACACUGCUGGUGGGUUCCAUUUUGUCAUAGGGUUGCUGUAUGGCCUCCCAUUGCUGCUGCCUCCACCCACGCCACACUGUGGCUCCAAACACUGGUUUUGGCCCCGUGACUGGCCAAAUGAGUGAAGUGUGCGGUGAUUCUAAGAUCGACGGCACUCAUCUGCAUGUCAUACUGACUGACAGUAUUAUUUCUCUUCCCCUGCAGACUCCAAGGGCAUUUAAAUUAAAGGUACAGUGUUCUGCACUAAUAUUA